CGGGGAGGGGCUGGGGGAGACUGCGGGUUGAAUCCUCAUUUCCUCUGCAUGGGGCUCAGUGCGCGCCCUCGGAGCUGACGGGGCUCAGGCCAGGCUGUAUCCAGCGGCAGGUGGUGGCAGGGCUGGGACAGGAUGGGGGACUGGAGCAUGCCCAUCGGCUCGCUGGGUGAGGAGGUGGUGGCCCGGCUCUGCGAGCUCCUGGAUAACGCCAGCCGGGGCUGGCGCAAGCUGGCCGAGGUGGCUGGGGUGGAGAAACGCUUCAAGUGCAGCGCGGAGGAGCUGGAGACGUGCUCGCUGAAAGUGCUGGAGCCCCGCGGCAGCCCCACGCAAUGCCUCCUGCAGCUCCUGGCCGAGCGUGACUGCACCCUCAAGUACCUGCUGGGCUGCCUGGAGAGGAUGGGGCACACGCAGGCCUGCCAGGUCCUCAGCACCGCCGUCCAGGACAUGAUCCGCAUCACGGUGCAGCCAGAGUCGCAGGUGGUGACAGAGGGGACGCGGGUGUCCCUGGCCUGCUGGGCCACCGGCCCACCCGGGCUCGCGUACCAGUGGUUCUGCGGGAAGCGGGAGGUGCCCGGAGCCACAGCCCCAGAGCUGGUGAUCGACACGGCCACCUCGCCGGGCCAGCCCGAGUGGUACAUCUGCCGGGUGAACUGCGGGGCCACCUUCACCUUCUCCAGGUGGGCCCACGUCCAGGUGGAGAGGAGCAGCAGCCCCAGCUCAGAGGGACCAAGUGCCCUGUGUCUUCCUCAUGCCACCCGUGGGUGCCAGGGCCUGUGGGUGAGGGACCUGGGACCCAAGAGCAGCUUCACAGAGGCCUGCUGUGGCUGGGUGCUGAAUUUGCUGCCCCGUCCCCUCCCCAGCCAGCGGUUACUGCCCGACCAUGGCGGGCCUGCAGAUCCUGCGGCAGCCACGGCCGUGCCGUCUGGCCGAGGGGGACACGCUGGACUGGAGUGCAGAGCCAUUGGCAACCCCCCGCCCCAGUACCAGUGGUUCAGGAACCGGCGCCCCGUGGAGGGUGCGCAGGCACCCCGGCUCCAGGUAAAGCUGGUGACAACAGCCGAGCGGGGCAGCUACUCCUGCCGCGUGUUCAACCUCUUCCAUGAGCUGUGGAGCCAGGAAGUGGAUGUGGAGAUUGGCCCACGGCUCUUCACCUCUGGAGGCUCCUGGCAGGAGGGGGAUGGAGGCUCCCCGGAGCAAGGCAGUCCCGGCCAGCUGUAUGCCACCGACAAAGUGGCCCUGCUGAUCGGCAACAUGCACUACCGGCACCACAAGCAGCUGAAGGCACCCAUGGUGGAUGUGCACGCCCUCAGUGCCCUCCUCUGCCAGCUCGACUUCAAGGUGGUCUCGCUGCUGGACCUGUGCAAAGCCGAGAUGCAGAUGGCUGUCAACGAGUUCCUCCUCCUCCUCGACAAGGGCGUCUACGGUUUGCUCUACUAUGCCGGGCACGGCUAUGAAAAUUUUGGCAACAGCUUCAUGGUGCCCAUCGACGCACCCAGCUCCUACACCUCGGCGCACUGCCUGUGUGUGCAGCGGGUGCUACAGAGCAUGCAGCAGCGCCGCACCGGCCUCAACAUCUUCCUGCUCGACAUGUGCCGCAAGAGGAACCUCAACGACGACAUCAUCCCACAAGUCGGAGCACUGCAGGUCACGGCCAACAUCGUCUUCGGCUACGCCACGUGUGCGGAUGCCGAAGCCUACGAGCUGAGCCAGGGCGAGCUCUCCAACGGCAUCUUCGUCACCUUCCUCAAGCGCUGGCUGCUGGAGGACGAGAAGAUCACAGUGCUGCUGGACAAGGUGGCCGAGGACAUGGGCACGCUGGAGAUCACGCGGGGCCGGCAGGCACUGGAGCUCCGCAGCAACCUCUCAGAGAGACGAGCUCUGACGGACCCCAUCCGCCCCCCGGGCCGGGACGAGUCCUCUGCCAGGAACCUGCAGUGGGCCAAGGCUCACGUCCUGCCGGAGAGCCGACACCUCCACUUCGACUGUGGCGUCACCGUCCAGCUGGGCUUUGCCGCCGAAUUCUCCAACAUCAUGAUCAUCUACACGCGCGUGGUGGCCGCCCCCGAGGACAUCGCCAAGUGCGAGGCCAAGCUCACCGACAUACCCGAGGAGCUGGAUGUAGACCUCAAGUGCACCAACAAGGAGAGCCCGGAGGAGGUGGGCAGCCCUCUGGCACCCGCCUGGAGCCUCAGCUGCCCCUCCUGCUGCCUCUACAGCCGGCUCUGCGGCUUGCAGAAACUGCGGCAGGAGCUGGUGUUCACCGUCUGCCUGCAGUACCGCUACCGCGGCAUGGAUGACUUCGUGGAGGAGAGGCGGACGGUGAGCGUGGGGAAGCCGCUCAUCGCCAAGCUCAACCUGCGGCUGGUGGCCUCCCCCUCGCUGCCCGGCAGCCCCCUCUCUGCCUCUCCCCCCGGGAGCUGGAGGGCGGCGGGGAGCUCCUGGGUCAACACCCCCGAGGAGAACCUGAGCCCUGAGGUCCCCGGCUCCCACGCUCUGUAGAGGGGACAGCAUGCCCCCCCCCUCGCCACUGCAGUUUCCUGGGGCCACGUCUGUCCCGCUGGGGGCUGGAGGGGACAGACAUGACACGCGCAGGGGCCGGGGGCGGGCGGGGGGUGAGCCCGAUCCUGGCCUGUGCCAGGGGGUGCGGGGCUCGCUGCAUGGCCCGGCUGGGACCCCGGGGGGUACAUGCGGCGGCAGCCCCCCGUCCCCUGGCAUGGCAGUGCCACCCCCGCAUCCCAGGCCCCCGUGCCAGGACACCCCCGGCAGCCCGGGGGGGUAGAGGGCCCAGACCCCAUGGCUCAGCUGGCGCGAGGCGUCGCGCCGGGACAGGGCUGGGUUCAUUCAGGCCUAGGAGAAAUAGAGAGAAAUAAGCAGAUUAGGGGGCAAAUGCCACAGGAGGGGAUUAGAGGAGGUGGGAGCAGGGGAGCUCCUGCUCUGCCACAAAGGGCUGGGAGAAGACCGCAGUGUCCCCAGCACUCCCAGUAGCACCCAAUCCUCCCAGCACAGCCCCAGAUGCAGGACAGUGCUGGGCCCAUCCGGGCAGCGAGCAGGACAGGAUUGGGAUCUAGGGGGGAAAAAAUGCUUUUUUGCUUGGAUUUUUCCCCCGACGUGGCUCCACGUGCCGCUGUCCACAAACGACGCAGGGUGUGCUCCGCUGCACCUCAACAGGGGGAAAGGACCAAUAAAGAGGGAAGGGCAUGAAGCUCGGUUCUCCUACA